AUGUCUUACGGAUGCGACGCGCUCAACCGCUCCAAGUUCCAAACCCAGCGCAACCUCACCAAGGAGCAGUUCAUGGAUAGCCCUAGCAUUAACUGGGCGGCGAUCUGGUGGGUGGACCGUCGGCUGGAGCUGUGGAUCACGCAGACCGGGCUCGCCCUCAUCAGCCUCUCCGAGGCGCUGCUGCUCGCCUAUCUCACAUACAAGGGCAACUUGUGGCAGCAACUGUUGAGCUUCUAUUUUAUACUUGAACUAGUGAACACGAUACCAUUUAUUGCGACGGUGUUCUGGCCGCCACUACGUAACGUGUUUGUGCCAGCUUUUCUCAACUGCUGGCUAGCCAAGUACGCCCUGGAGAAUAUGUUCAAUGACCUUAAUCGUGCCAUGCAGCGGUCCCAGUCUGCCUUAUCACAGCAGCUGAUGGUACUAUCAGCUACACUACUCUGCCUCGUCUUCACAAGCCGGAGAGCAGUCGGCCUGCGUUCCACACCUGACCACCUGUUGCCGCUGCGGCACGCGCCGCCGGGCCACGUGCUGUGCGAGCAGUACCGGGCGGCGCGGCCGGCCGUCUGCAACCCGACGGCCGCCGACUCAGCGGACCUCCGACCUGGGCGCGCGAGCCGCUGA